CCGACACACAGAGCUAUGUGACACUCCUCCCCUGCAGGUCUUAGAGGUCUGGAAGGAGGGACACACAUCUCCUCAGCAGACCAAAUAAACGACAGAUCCCUCUCUUCUCCCUCUCUUCUCCAUCCCUCUCCUUCUACCUCUCCGUCACAGCGGCCUGCCGAGGUCAAGCGUUUCCUUGCGUGGCUCCAAGGCCUCGCUCUGAGGGUUUGUGGUCCUCUGUGUAAGCGUGUGUCCUCUGAGUGUGUGUGUGUGUCGUCUCUGUGAGAGAGUGUGUGUGUGUGUGUGUGUGUUGAGGAUGUCGGACCCUGCGACCGAGCUGCCCUUCUACUUCGGCAGUAUCAGCCGUGCGGAGGCAGAGGACCACCUGAAGCUGGCGGGCAUGUCGGACGGCCUCUUCCUUCUGCGGCAGUGCCUGAGGAGCCUGGGUGGCUACGUGCUGUCGCUGGUCUGGGACCUGCAGUUCCACCACUACGCCGUGGAGAAGCAGAUGAACGGCACCUACUGCGUGUCCGGGGGCAAGCCCCACUGCGGCCCCGCCGAGCUGUGUGAGUACUACAGCAAGGACGCCGACGGCCUGGUGUGCCCGCUCAAGAAGCCCUGCCUGCGCGCCCCCGAAAACCCCAUCCGCCCCGGAGUCUUCGACACCCUCCGCGACAACAUGCUCCGCGAGUACGUCAGGCAGACCUGGCACCUGGAGGGAGAGGCCAUGGAGCAGGCCAUCAUCAGCCAGGCUCCUCAGUUGGAGAAGCUCAUUGCGACCACUGCCCACGAGAAGAUGGCCUGGUUCCACGGAAAGAUCGCCCGUCAGGAGGGGGAGCGCCGCCUCUACUCUGGCAUCCAGCCAGACGGCAAGUUCCUGGUGAGACAGAAGGAUGACUCUGGCACCUUCGCUCUCUCUCUCAUGUACGGUAAAACCGCUUACCAUUACCAAAUCCAGCUGGACAAAUCAGGAAAGUACUUCAUGCCAGAGGGAACCAAGUUCGACACUGUGUGGCAACUGGUGGAGUAUCUGAAGAUGAAGCCCGACGGCCUGGUCACGGUGCUGAAGGAUCCGUGUGUCAACCGCAACAACGCCUCCGCACUCGCUGUUCCAGUUGCUCCUAAGCAGAGGAGGCAAGGGAAUGGAUACACACCGCCCCCUCGUGCUGACUCCAUGACGGACUCCGAGCCGCGGCGGGCCAUGCCCAUGGACACCAACGAGUUCACGAGCCCUUACGACGACCCCGAGGAGCUGAAGGAGAAGAAGCUCUGCCUGAAGAGGGAACAGCUGAUGAUUGACGAGGUGGAGCUGGGCUCAGGGAACUUCGGUUGCGUCAAGAAAGGCGUCUACAAGAUGAGGAAGAAGCACGUGGACGUGGCCAUCAAGGUUCUGAAGAGUGAGAACGAGAAGGGUGUGAAGGACGAGAUGAUGCGUGAGGCGGAGAUCAUGCACCAGCUGGACAACCCCUACAUCGUGCGCAUGAUCGGCCUGUGCGAAGCCGAGUCCCUCAUGCUGGUCAUGGAGAUGGCGCCGGCCGGCCCACUCAACAAGUUCCUCUCCAGCAAGAAGGAUCAGGUGUCGGUGGAGAACGUGGUGGAGCUGAUGCACCAGGUGUCCCUGGGGAUGCUCUACCUGGAGCAGAAGAACUUCGUCCACAGAGACCUGGCCGCCCGGAACGUGCUGCUCGUCAACCAGCACUACGCCAAGAUCAGCGACUUCGGCCUGUCCAAGGCCUUAGGGGCAGACGACAACUAUUACAAGGCCCGCUCGGCAGGGAAGUGGCCACUGAAAUGGUACGCCCCGGAGUGCAUCUGCUUCCACAAGUUCUCCAGCAAAAGUGACGUGUGGAGCUUCGGGGUGACCAUGUGGGAGGCCUUCUCGUUCGGAGGGAAGCCUUAUAAGAAAAUGAAAGGCCCGGAGGUGAUCAGUUUUAUUGCAAGUGGCACUCGAAUGGACAAUCCAGCAGGAUGCCCUGACGUAAUGUACAAGGUUAUGCUGGACUGCUGGACGUACAAACAUGAGGAAAGGCCGUGCUUUGCCAAGGUGGAGGAGCGCAUGCGGCUCUACUACUAUUCCAUUUCUAAUAAGAAUCCUCUGGAUGCCCAGCUUGAAGAGAACACGAGCCUGGCACCUAGCACUGACCUCUGAACUAUGUGCCAUGGCAACCUGUAGCACUGUUAUGUUAUGUAGCCAAUGCCAGCUAGCAAACCAUUUACUGAUCUGAGCCUGAAGCCAUGUUCUCAUUAAAUGCUUGGUUUAAUUGUG